CGGGAGCGGCCGCUGCCUGAGCGCUUCCUGCCCGAGCCGGGCGGAUCCCACAAAGGGCUCGUCGGCGCGGCCUCCCCGCCGGCAGCCCCGCCAUGGCCGGUAUCAGCUCCAUCGACGCCGUCAAGAAGAAGAUCCAGAGCCUGCAGCAGGUGGCGGAUGAGGCGGAGGAGCGAGCCGAGCACCUGCAGCGGGAGGCCGAUGCCGAGCGGCAGGCCCGGGAGCGGGCCGAGGCUGAAGUGGCUUCUCUGAACCGCCGUAUCCAGCUGGUGGAGGAGGAGCUGGACCGAGCCCAGGAGCGCCUGGCCACCGCCCUGCAGAAGCUGGAGGAGGCUGAGAAGGCAGCCGAUGAGAGCGAGAGAGGCAUGAAGGUCAUCGAAAACAGGGCCAUGAAAGAUGAGGAGAAGAUGGAGCUCCAGGAAAUGCAGCUGAAGGAGGCAAAACACAUAGCUGAGGAGGCUGACCGCAAAUACGAGGAGGUCGCCCGCAAGCUGGUGGUCCUUGAGGGAGAGCUGGAGCGUUCAGAGGAGAGGGCAGAGGUGGCAGAGAGCCGCGUGAGACAGUUGGAAGAAGAGCUGCGGACCAUGGACCAGACUCUCAAAUCCCUCAUUGCCUCAGAGGAAGAGUAUUCCUCCAAGGAGGACAAGUAUGAGGAGGAAAUCAAGUAUCUAGGGGAAAAGCUGAAGGAGGCUGAGACUCGUGCCGAGUUUGCAGAGAGGUCUGUGGCGAAGCUGGAGAAAACCAUUGAUGAUCUAGAAGAGCGUUCCCAGCGGGAGGCCGAGAAAAACCGCGUUCUCACUAACGAGCUGCGGGUCAUCCUCACUGAGCUUAACAACUGAGCUGCACAGAGCUCCCUGUCCCAGCACCCCUGCCCCAUUUUGGCCAGGCUGCAUUGGGGUUGGGAGCCCCUACCCACUUCCUAGGGCUAGGCACUGUGUACAGUCUUGUCUUACACCCUGGGGGUAACUGCCCUGCUUGGGGAGGGGGGGACAGGGAACCCUUCUGGAGCUGAUUGUUUUUUCCUGGGAGAGCAAUGAGGGUUUUUGUGAUGUCUUGGGAUGCCCACGUGGUGAUGGCUGUGCCCCAGCAUCAGCCUGGCCCUGCUGAGGAGGGGUUUGUAUCACUGCCUUCCUCCCCUUGUCCCUCGAGUCAGCAGCCAGCCUCUUCCUCCUCACUCUGGUCACCCUAAACUGUGCAGGGAGGGUGCCUUCACAGCAGGGUCCCUGCAGGGUGCUGGGAUAGGAGCUGGAGCCCACAGUGCCUGGUGCCCCAAACCUGGGGUAGGGGAUAUGGGAAGAGCCCAGCAGGGAGUGCUGGGAGAUGGGGCUGGGUGAGCAGAGCUUUUGUCCCAUCCACAUCUCUAGAGGGAAGGAGGAUGCCAUUUGGAAGAGAACACCAAUCCUUGUCUGCCUUGUUAUCUCUGCUCCUUCUCUCUCUGCUGUCCUUCUGCCUGCCCAGGCUGCUGUCUCACUCCUUCACGGACCACUCCUGGUCAUGCAGCAGGCACUGGCUCUCCUCUUUUGCUGGCCAAGGGUUUGUGCACAUGCUCACAGCCUGCCUCGUGGUGAUGCCCUGGGGCAGGAUGUGCUGGUGAGUGGCCAAGGAAUGGUCCCCACCAACAGCACCUGCGCUGCAAAGGGCCCAGCCAUGGGUGAGAGGGCACCAUGGGAGGAUGGGGAUGCUGGAGAGUGGGGACCACCUUCAGUGACCAGCCUGGCUGGCCUGGCCACUCUGGCAGGUCCUGGAGCUCAUCCCUGCCGAUGAUGGGGCUGUUCAUGUGGGCUCUGCUCCACAGGGACACCCCGCUCGGCUGGAGGCUGUCACUGUACUGACAUGUCCAUCUGUGUGCGUGUGUCUGUGCCUGGUGUGGUGUGCGUGGGUCUGUCUGCCCCUGGGUACGCUUGGGUUCGUGUCUGUGUGUGUGGCUGGGUGUCCCUUGUAU